AUUUCGAUAACCGACCUGAGAACUCUACCGACAAGCUUUGAUGAAAUUAGAGCCAAGUCGGUUCAAUUACACAAACCGAGCUGUUCCAUAUCUGUAAGAAAAGAACGAGUAGUGUCCGUGUUUGGGAAUUGGCCGAACGAUCCAAACGGGGAGAAUCUUCUUCACCCGUUUGCUUUUUCAAUUCGGGGUUUUUGGAGGAAGCAUAGAAGGAAGAUUCUUGUGACGGCUGGUUGUUUGGGAAGUGGGUAUUUGCUCUACAGAGUAUACAAUUCCCAUACGCGUAGGCUUGCUGAUUUGAAACGAGAACUCGCCAAGGAGCGUGAAAAUGACGAAAUCAUCAAAAACCAAAUGAAAACCCAUUUCGAGAAUAUUCAGAUGAUCGUGGACUCGACCACACUGCCUCACGCGAUGCAGUGUUUGAGUGUCCGCUUGAACGAGGAGAUUGAUGUCUCUAAUGUUAUGGAGAGACUUAACAGAGGGAAAGGAAUGUUGAGUCCCUCUGAGAAGCUUCAGCUAUGGGACGAGCUCAAGAUUUUGAGUUUCACGAGGAUGGUUCUGUCUCUGUGGUCCGUCACAAUGCUUAGCUUGUACAUUAGGGUUCAAGUCAACAUUUUGGGCAGACAUUUGUAUGUUGACACCGCACGAGCUCUUGGCAGCUCCCAUUUACUUGAAGAGUUAGAUCUCAUUGAUAGAGAUGAUGAACAAAAGUUUUUGUCAAGUGCUGAUUUUCUCGUGACCAAUGCAAUGCCGAGUUUGAUUUCAGAUAUGCAGGCUGCGGUCAGGGAAGUUCUUAAAGGAAAGCAGUUAAAGGAUGUUAUUACCACGAGAGUUCUUCAAGAAACCGUGAUACGGAUUAUGGAUGUGUUCAUGAGCAGUGGAAGUCCACAUCACUGGGUUGAUUAUUUAAUGAUGGUGUCUCAUGACACAAAUCUUUCAAGAAGCACAAGUGUCUCCUCCUCUGAUGAAACUGUGAGCAAGUUUCAUCAACUUAUGGUCGAAACCCGAGAAGUACUCAUUAGCAAUGAAUUCACAGAUAUAGUGGAGAUCUCGCUCAAGUGUUUCACGGAUGCGUUGGUCGAGGAAAUGGAAACGCAGACCGUAACCGGCGGUUUAGCUACCGGGAUGCCACUGGCAAAGGUGUUACCACAGAUUGAGAAGACAAUACAUGUGAUUACAGCUGAACCGAGCAAGAACCGGUUCUUAAAACUCAUCAGAGAUCUGUCUGAAGUUCAACUCUUUUUCACUCUUUUGUACGCCAAUAUGCCGCAGUUGUCGGGAAAAAUGUACAUUCAGAUGACAGACGGAUCUCCUCCGCCGCCGGAGCAAACUUCGUUUGACCAUCGGAUUGAAGAGAUUGAGAGACAGAAAGAGAUCGACGAUUGGCUUCCGAUAACUUCGUCGAGAAACGCGAAAUGGUGGUACUCCACGUUUCACAAUGUGACCGCCAUGGUUGGAGCCGGCGUCCUUGGUCUCCCUUACUCCAUGGCUCAGCUCGGAUGGGGUCCGGGCGUGACAAUACUGAUACUAUCAUGGAUAAUAACACUCUACACGUUGUGGCAAAUGGUGGAGAUGCACGAGAUGGUUCCUGGAAGACGCUUUGACCGUUACCACGAACUUGGCCAGUUCGCAUUCGGCGAACGUAUUGGUCUCUAUAUCAUCGUCCCUCAGCAAAUCAUUGUCGAAGUUGGAGUAUGCAUAGUUUAUAUGGUUACAGGAGGACAAUCGUUGAAGAAGUUUCAUGAACUCGUCUGUCAAGAUUGCUCACCGAUCAGACUUACUUUCUUCGUAAUGAUAUUUGCUUCUUCUCAUUUCGUUUUGUCUCAUCUCCCAAACCUCAACUCUAUCUCUCUUGUUUCUCUCGUCGCCGCCGUCAUGUCUCUUAGUUAUUCGACAAUCGCUUGGACCGCUACAGCUGCGAAGGGCGUUCAGGAAGAUGUUCAGUACGGCUACAAAGCCGGCACAACCGAAGCGAAGGUUUUAAACUUUUUCACGGGACUUGGGGGCAUUGCGUUUGCUUACGCAGGUCACAAUGUGGUGCUUGAGAUCCAAGCAACAAUACCUUCUACACCAAGUAACCCUUCAAAAGGUCCCAUGUGGAAAGGAGUCGUGGUGGCUUACGUGGUCGUGGCCUUGUGUUAUUUCCCCGUUGCUUUGGUUGGGUACGGUGUUUUCGGAAACGCUGUCUCGGAUAACGUUUUGAUAUCGCUCAAAACACCGGUUUGGGCCAUCGCAUUGGCUAACUUGUUCGUGGUUAUGCAUGUCAUUGGCAGUUACCAGAUAUUCGCAAUGCCGGUUUUCGACAUGUUGGAGACAUUUCUGGUUAAGAAAAUGAAUUUCAAACCUUCUACGAUUCUUCGUUUCAUCGUACGGAAUGUGUAUGUUGCUUUAACGAUGUUCAUCGCGAUCAUGAUACCCUUUUUUGGCGGCCUUCUUGCGUUCUUUGGAGGAUUUGCGUUUGCUCCGACAACUUAUUUUCUUCCUUGCAUAAUGUGGCUGAUAAUCUAUAAACCAAAGAGGUUUGGCUUGUCGUGGUGGACAAAUUGGGUAUGCAUAGUGCUUGGGGUUAGUUUGAUGAUCGUUUCAUCUAUAGGAGGAUUAAGGCAAAUCAUCCUUCAAUCCAAAGAUUACCCUAUAAAU